AAAUUAACCAUCUCCAUAUCUUGAUGGCUAAACCUUCUCUACAGUUUACCUUCCUCUUUCUUCUCCUCCUAUCUUGCUCUGGGGAAAAUGUGAAGUUGGUUCAAUGCCAGAAGACAUGGUGCGUUGCAAGGCCGUCCACCGAUGAUGCAGCUCUUAAAGAGAACAUCGAGUUUGCGUGUUCCAUGGUCAAUUGCGGCAUUAUUCAAAGUGGUGGGCCCUGCUUCAAUCCUGAUACUUCAAUGUCUCAUGCUUCAGUGGCCAUGAACCUCUACUACAAAUCCAGGGGGAUGAACAGUUGGAAUUGUGACUUCAGUGGUUCUGGCCUUAUUGUCGCCGCUGACCCAAGUUACAGCAGUUGCACGUAUGCCUAGAAGAAGCAAGCUUCAGUUACAAAGACUUGAGCAGCACCUACUCCGCUGUUUUCAUUGAAAUGAUAUUUUAUAUAUAGCUAGUGAAUGUUUCAAACUGAAUUAAGGACUAUGAAAAAGGAUGUUAUUAUCUAGAGAAAAGCCAGUGAUAUUGUCUUUUAUUUAUCCG